AUGACUCAUCAAGUCAGGUGGUUGUGCCUCUGCUGUGUGUCAGAAAUCUCUUUCCCCUCUGCAGCAGGCUUUCUCAUCCCUGUGUAUAGGGGCAUUAGAAGGACAAUUAUUUGGGAAGUGGUGCUGCUUAACUCCUGAAUUCUGGCUUUGCUUCAUUUGUGGGGAUUUUUGUCCCUCCUGAAUUUGCAAAACAAGUUAAACAGGCAAAAUGGACUUCUCCAAGCUACCAAAAAUCCGUGAUGAGGACAGAGAAGCUUUUGUUGGCUAUGUCCAUGGAGUGUCAGGACCUGUGGUCACUGCUUGCAACAUGGCAGGUGCUGCUAUGUAUGAGCUGGUACGAGUAGGCCACAGUGAACUGGUGGGGGAAAUUAUCCGACUGGAAGGUGAUUUGGCAACUGUCCAGGUGUAUGAAGAAACAUCUGGUGUAUCCGUAGGAGAUCCUGUACUCCGCACUGGGAAACCCCUCUCAGUGGAACUGGGGCCUGGCAUUAUGGGAGCUAUUUUUGAUGGUAUCCAGAGGCCGCUGUCAGACAUCAGCACCCUGACCAAAAGUAUCUAUAUCCCUAGAGGUGUCAAUGUGUCAGCUUUGAGCCGAGAUGUCAAAUGGGAUUUCACACCUUCCAAAAACUUGCGGGUUGGCAGCCACAUCACUGGUGGAGACAUUUACGGUGUGGUGAAUGAAAACUCUCUUAUCAAACACAAAAUCAUGCUGCCCCCACGGAACAGGGGCACAGUUACAUACAUUGCUCCACCGGGAAAUUAUGACACUUCAGAUGUUGUCUUAGAGCUGGAGUUUGAAGGUGUGAAGGAAAAGUUCACUAUGGUCCAAGUCUGGCCUGUACGUCAAGUCCGUCCUGUGACUGAAAAGUUACCAGCAAAUCAUCCUUUGUUAACUGGCCAGCGGGUGCUAGAUGCCCUCUUCCCGUGUGUACAAGGGGGUACAACAGCAAUUCCUGGGGCAUUCGGUUGUGGAAAGACUGUGAUCUCGCAGUCUCUCUCAAAAUACUCCAACAGUGAUGUCAUCAUUUAUGUAGGCUGUGGAGAACGAGGAAAUGAAAUGUCUGAAGUGCUGAGAGAUUUUCCUGAGUUAACAAUGGAAGUUGAUGGCAAGGUAGAAAGCAUCAUGAAGAGAACAGCUCUGGUAGCAAAUACCUCCAAUAUGCCUGUGGCUGCCAGAGAGGCCUCUAUCUAUACUGGAAUCACCCUGUCAGAGUAUUUCCGGGACAUGGGCUACCAUGUCAGUAUGAUGGCAGACUCUACUUCCCGAUGGGCUGAGGCCCUCAGAGAAAUUUCAGGACGACUGGCUGAAAUGCCAGCUGACAGUGGUUAUCCAGCUUACCUUGGUGCCCGUUUAGCCUCUUUCUAUGAGCGAGCUGGCAGAGUGAAGUGUCUGGGAAAUCCUGAAAGGGAAGGCAGUGUCAGCAUUGUUGGAGCUGUCUCUCCACCAGGAGGUGACUUCUCAGAUCCUGUAACAUCAGCUACUUUGGGCAUUGUUCAGGUUUUCUGGGGCCUGGAUAAGAAGCUGGCACAACGCAAACAUUUCCCCUCUGUCAACUGGCUGAUCAGUUACAGCAAAUACACCCGUGCUCUGGAUGAAUACUAUGACAAGCAUUUUACAGAGUUUGUCCCUCUCAGGACAAAGGCCAAAGAGAUCCUGCAGGAAGAAGAGGAUCUUGCAGAGAUUGUGCAGCUUGUAGGGAAGGCUUCUUUGGCAGAAACAGACAAAAUUACUCUGGAGGUUGCCAAGCUGAUAAAAGAUGACUUCUUGCAACAGAAUGGUUAUACACCUUAUGACAGAUUCUGCCCUUUCUACAAAACAGUGGGAAUGCUUUCCAAUAUGAUUGCAUUUUAUGACAUGGCACGCCGUGCUGUAGAAACCACAGCCCAGAGUGACAAUAAGAUCACGUGGUCCAUCAUCCGAGAGAACAUGAGUGAAAUCCUCUAUAGACUUACCUCCAUGAAAUUCAAGGACCCCGUCAAAGAUGGUGAAACAAAAAUCAAGGCAGACUAUGCUCAACUGUUUGAGGAUAUGCAGAAUGCAUUUCGCAGUCUGGAAGACUAGACUGAACCUCUGUGACCACUCUGGUUUGUCCUCUGAAUUCCUCAUCUCAGCUCCUCUGCUUCCCUACCUUACAAGAAUGAUGCAACAGUACUUGAGUUGAUAAAUAGCCCUAUGUUUCCCUCUUCAUACUCAGUGUCUUUACAAAACAUUCCUUAGUUUGUGUUUGGCAUUGCUUUGUGUGUCUGAAAUAGUGAGUGAUGUGUGAGUGGGCCUGGCUGAGUGAUGAAAUGCUGUUGUACACUUCUAGGGUGGGAAAAAUUCACCUUGCCCUCCCCCAGAUCAUUUGGUAACACAACCAACUGACCUGCACUGGCAGAGGAGGUGUAGAUUUCAAUGCAGUCACGCGGUACAUUCUGAGCUGGCAGUGGUAAGGGCAUUUAGGUCUAGCAUUUUGCUAACUGACUAUCAUGAAACAGAAUUUUUGACCAUAUUCUGACAUGACACGUUGAUAUAACCAAAGUUCUUCCCUACUGCGUCCCUUCUGCAGCCUUUGGCUGAGUCUGUUGUUAUUGAAAUGUGGUAGAUCUGGAUCUCUCCAAGGAAGGACUGACUAGAAGAUGAGCAUGUGCGAGUAGCCAGUACGCUUUUGUACACUGGAGAAAUAGAAUUUUAUUUUCCUACUUAAUACAGAUAGGACUGUUGGAUGGAGCACCAGCUAAAAUUGAAGCUAUAGGUGCUCAAAUUCCAGAAUAUUUUUGCCUUUUUGCCUCCCACUCACCCCAUAAUGUUUCACAACACUCAGCUGCUUUAGUUUGUGAAGCUUGUUACUGCUGCUUUGUACUAUGACCCGUAACAAGAUUCCACACGUGUGGACCAGGCAUAUAAUCUUUCCUAGGUGGUGCUCUCUACCAGCUCUUGCCUACCAGUGCAGUGUCCAGGUGGUGCUUAAUCUUCCUGCUCCACCUGUGCUCAUUGUGCCUGUUUGGCAGUGGCACAGAUGGUCCUCAUUUCUUGUGUAGAAAGAUUCUGAGAUGCUAAACUUCUGGGGGUGGGGGUUAAAGAGGGGAAAGAUUGACAGUACAAAAUGUAUUUACUUCUGCCUUCAUUGAUAAUGAUGCAAGAGAAGCUAGCGACUUCUGCACCAUGCUCUGGAAGCACAGUCUGUCAAGCAGCUGAAACUCUGCUGUGUCUUGGGCUUGUUGGCAAAACUAGUAUGAGAUGAGAAAUGAGUGUAGAGCAGCUUUUCUGUCAAAAUUCAAGCGCCAGCAUUCCUAUCAUUGCUGCAGAGAGGUGAAGAUGCUGCCAUACUUGCUGGUCUUUGACUCUCUGGUGUCUGAUGACAUCUAAUACUUCUUUGUUGCGCAACACUGUAAUGCCCAGCUGGGUGCCAGCUGACAUCUAAACUUGUUAUGGUCAUGAAACAGUAACAGUUGGAGAUGCCACUGGUAGUGGCAGGGCUUUGCAUUAAUUCCACACUGAAGUGUUUUUUCCACCAGCUGCCAGCUUUGAAUGGCAAUGGUGAAAGGGUAUCUUGGCGCCAAGGACCAAAUGCUGCCACUUCCAUUAUGGCUGUUUGCCACGGAGAGCUCAGUUGAAACUUAAGUGGAUUUACUGUGUUUAGCUCUCCCAAAAUAAACUACUAUUCCAGCUGAUAUUCUGGUAGUGAACAGUUAAGUUUACAUACAGUUCACCAAACUUUCAGUGUAUGCUGCUUACUUAACAAUGAGCAUGUGUGAAUGAGUGGUCACCAUUUGAGCCCUUGCUGGAUUCCUCAUUGUUUGUACCCUUCACCACUGUACUAUGUAGCAUUUCAUGCUAGAAAACAGAUGUUCUUAUCUCUUUAAAUAGAGGAUGUUAUAAACUUUACAGAAGAUGUCUAAGAUAAUACAGUUCUAAUAUUUAUUGUGCUGUACCUGGCCCUGAAGUGUGACCAGUUCAAACAGUUUCAUAUAUAUUUUUGUCUUUUUUGUUUUGUGUCUCAGUUUUCAGUGUUGAGAUUCUGAUGUUCACUGUGUACUGCAAGUCUUCCCUCCACAGCUGUGGGAGGAAUGAAAAGAUGGGCAGAACCCAACCACCUACUUUCUUGUAUAUUUCAUAAUGUAUGUUGCUGGAAAUUGUGUAAAAAAACAAACAAAAAAAAACAUUUAAAAAGCUGUUGGGAGUCAAUGAGAAUAAAAUGGAUUUAACGUA